AGAUGCCCGUUCGUGUGGCUGGAAAAGCCAUUCAGGACCUGGACUAUCUCCAUACGCGGGUCAACUUGACGGAGCUGUUUGACGGCGACUCGCCAAAGAUCUGGAAAGAGCUCGAGCGAACGUUGGACGCCUCCGAAAAAUAUCUGAAUGACAGUGACACCGUCAUCUUCGCCGCCACCACCCUCAAGCGGAUUCUUAUCAUUGUUCAAAACGCGCAUAAACCUCUACCGGACCACUUCUGGAACAAAAUCAUCCUUCACAUCCGCCGAGUAUGGGAUUACACAGCCGACUGCGUAUGCUAUAACGCUAUCGAAACAUUCGCAUCUCUACUGGAUAUUCAUCUGAGACAAUGCCUAGAUUGUCUGGAACGCCCUGAAACCGAUAGUCAUGCGAACUGUGAUCGGAUCAACGAGAUCACACAAUGGCUUCUAGAACCUACGUCGUCAUGCAAAGCCCGCUUCAAAUGCAUCUACCACCUGGUUUCCCAGUGCCCGACACUUCGGCUUAACCUCGGCGAAGACUUCUUCCGUAGAACCUACCCGCUUCUCUCGAAUCCUUCAUUCUCCAGUGUCAUCUGUCAGCUUAUAGUAGAUAAUAUCUUUGAUCGAGAUGAGCUUUGGGAUCUUCAUUGUGAGCUUCUCCUGACCUCUACUGACGCGAAACUCAUCAAAAGUCGACUUGUUCCGAUGCUUCAGAAGUAUCAUCUGCCGGGGAGUAAUAAGGAAAAGCAGCAGCAGCAGCAGAAGCAGCAAAAGCCCCAAGAAUCGGAUACAGCUGUGAAGUUUCUGAAUCAGUUGCUGAUUCAGUUGAACUCUCAGGAUCCGCCAAGUGAUCUACAGUCACAGCUCGAGAUUGUGCAUGCAUUGGUGAAUACGACGUGGCCGAGAAAAAAGGUUAAAGAUGAUAAUGGAAUGCAGUGUCUUGUGGACUUUUCGAAUUGGACACAGUGUAUUAGUGAGGCGACGAUGGGUGAAGCUAUUGUUCAUGUCGAAUCGGAGGUCCGCCUUGCCGCAUUCAAAUUGGUCGUAGAAAAUCCGCGAAAAACGAUCGCCUUCAAUGAAAAUGAUAUAGAAUACAUCAAGACGUUCCUAGCAUCAAAUAUGACACUUCAAGCACCAAGUGCUCGUCAGGAGCUCAUCGCCGCUUACAAAUACCUGUGUCAGAGGCUUGGAGCUUCUGCUGAAAUUCAUCUAAAAGCCAAACCAAAGACUACGGAUAAAGACUCGGAUUCUUGUAGUCCAGACUCGUCGAGUUUCGAUAGUCGAGGACUUUCGAAAUGGCGACUUGGCGGUGAUAAUAAUCUUCAUCCGAUUCCUGAAUCAUACAUUUGCUUGGCCAAAUGGAUGGCGAAGCUCGCAUUUGGAUCACUUUCUACUAAAGGGAACUAUUAUCGACGUAUUAUGGGAUUAAUGCAAAUUGAUGUGCUUUUUAGCCGAGAAAAUUUCAUCGUUGAUGGAAAAUGCUUCUUCGUGGACAAGCUCAACCUUGAGAGCACUCUAGGCUCCGAUCGUCAUAAUCUUGUAAUCGACUGUCUCGAUGAUUCAUAUGAUAUGGUUCAAUCGACUGCUCUCGGCCUUCUCAAAAAGCUGGAUUUUGGAAAUAUCAAAUUAGACGAGAAAAAGUAUUUGAAUGAUGCGGUCGACUUGAUGACGUCAACGAGAUCGAGAAAUGCGACUUCUGCCGGAUUUCGAAUGCAAUAUUAUUUAACACGGCAACCUGACAGAUAUAAAUUCUGCCUUAUGAGAUUUUUGGAUGAUGUCAACAAUAGAGCUGAAGCCGCUGAAAAAGAUUUGCUAACCAUCACCACUCUGCCAAUUCAUUCAAUUCUCAACAUGAUCGAGCUUCUGCUCAGAAAUCCCACAUGGAAGGAGACGACGGAUCAGGAGAAAAAUCAAUUUUAUCGCGAAGAAAUUCUCGAUCAUUUGCUCCAAAAUUGCCAUAAAAUUAUCAAAAUCGUGGCUCCAGUUGUGCAGAGUAUGACGCCGGAAGGAUGUAUUCCAGACGAGAUUCUCAGUAAAUUGUGCGGUGUUUCGGCAGAUCGGCUCACUGAAAUUUCGCAGCAUUUGCUCAUUUGUUGCUGGAGAGCUCAUAAACAUGUCUCGGGAAUUUUUGCAUGGAUUAUUGAGAUGCUCGCUCCUCUCGGAAUCGUGACCAACGCAGAAAUCGAGGCGAUCGGCUCAUUCUACUGGGCUCAGCUGACCGAAUGCAAGCAUCGUGGAGCAUUUGAAUCGGCCACCGACGGCUUCUUCCAACUGUGCUCUUUUCUAUGGAGCACCACAAUUCAAGGACUUCCAAAGCCUGCCGAUUGGCUCGAAGAGAUUCUUUCAGCGAUUCGUGGAGAAACGGAUCUGACGAACUUGUGCUCAACUCGCCGAAGUGCUGGGCUCCCAAGCCUGGUGCUCUCAAUUGUGGCGACUGAGCCAAAAGAGAAUGAAAAUGGAGCACUUAUUAAAGCAACCGGUUCGCUGUUGAAUAUGGAUGGAAAAACGUCAGAGUACAGAGUUCAUUCGAUGAAUGUUAUGAAGACAAUUGUUCAAAGCUCCACUCUUCACAAUAAAGCAGUGUUCUGUUUCGAACGGGCUCUCCGAGUUGCGAUUGAAGCUUGUCGAGCUGAUUGGAGUGAACGGAACGCGGCUUCGCAGCUUUUCGCCGCGUUGAGAACUAAAAUUUUUGGGGUAAUGAGAAGCGCCCAGCGAUCUCUCGUCGUCGACGCCAAAAACCGAAAAUCCAACUACGAAUUCUUCUCGAAAUUCCCAACUCUCUACAAAUUCCUCUACGAUCAACUGACAUCCGAGCAGCAAUCCGAGUUCUCACUUCUCCCGCCACUCGUCGUUCUAUCGCAUCUCUAUACACCGGCUUCAUCGUCCGAGCUCUAUCCACUCCGCCCAUUUGUGCCGAAAUUGCUGGAAAUUGCGCUGCGAGAGAAACGAGAGAAUUUGAGAGCUCACGCGAUUGCGGCGAUUCUUUCAAUUUCGGAUGCCUACGCAAAAGAGGAUUUAUGCCAGUGGAUUGAAGGUUUUGACUAUCAAAAUUCCCGGCAAAACCACGUGCAUAGCUUCCUGCUGCUGAUGGAAGGUCUCGGUGGAUGUGUGGAUUAUGUGCCACGAAUUGUAUAUGUCGUUGAGAAUAUUCUAAAAUCACUUGCAUUCCGGAAUUGGAGUGAUUUUAAUAUUAAUCAGUUGCUACUCAUCGCAAACGCCUAUAGACUUGAGUAUGAUGUCGAUGAUGUUUCUGUAGAACUUGUGUGCCUAACUAAGCGGCCGCUGGCUGUGAAGCUUCUUCAAGAUCGAGAUGUUCUGAAAUCAGAGAUGUGUCAUCUUUGGAGGGAUGAGGAUACGAGGAGAGAGGUGUAUAGGGUUAUUUGUAAGCUAGGAUGGAACGCUUCAAAUAUGUUCCUGCGGGCUCACAUCAUCACACUCGCCAUCAAGGAUCUCGCCAUACCACACAUUCCACAAUGUGACGCGAAAAGGAUCAUGGAAAUUCUCACGUCAGCAAUCGGAAAUUUCAUGAGCACAGAGAGCUUGCAAAAAGUCGAAGAGCUCAUCGAGGCACGUCUCGAAGAUCCGAAUCUCAAUUGGACGCUACCAUCAACCAUAGCUUACGCGACAAAAUUGCGAUAUUCGAGGCGGGCGUGUGUAGAUCAGGAGCUUAUCGCCUGGAUUCGUGAAUGUUAUGAGCAGGAUGACCCCGAAACGAAACAAAUCGCAUUGGAAGUUGGCGCUCAAUUUGUGUGCAGAAUCCGAUCUAAAAGAUCAUAUACAGACGAGGAAAAGGAACUGAUUGGAGCAGUUGCAUUGUAUUUGCAAGACGAAUCUGAGCGUAUUCGUAAUAAUACAUCCUACUAUCUUGGACAUUUGAUCAAAGACACUGGAUACAAAGCCAUAAAUCCGGAAAUUUGCCGUCUUUUGGUUAUCAAAUGGUGUCUGAAUGAUGGAAAUGAGGAUUUGAGCGAAUUUGCAUCUUCUGAUAGGAAACAUGUUCGCGAUGAAUAUUUUCAGCGUAGCGGUGGAGACGAUCUCUUUGAUGCGUGUGCAGUCAAUCAAUACGAAGAAUAUCAACUGUUUGGUGACAUUCAAAUGUACGAGUCGAGUCUUGGGUUCAGUGGAGUCACUGCGGAAAUGUAUGAUAUCGAAUAUUAGAGGACCAGCGAUCAGAUAUAUUCAACCACUUUCAAUUAUUUUUUCAUUUUUUUUUGUUUUAUUGUGAUAUAAUACCUACACUUCUUUAAUCUAUUUUUUUAAAAAAUUCUGGUAGAAAUUAAAAAAGCUGUGAAAAAUGAGUUUUUCCAGUUAUUUUGAAUUAAAAAUCUCAUAUUUUUGUGACCCAGAAAAAUGGAAUUUCAAAAUUUCGCUCAAAAAUUUGCGAAAAAUUGAAAAUCCAAAUAUUCGGCAAUUUUCGAGCCAUUUUUCUGGAAUUUUCAGAUUUUUGAGCUAUUUUUGGCACAAAGAGAUUUUAUGCUUUUUCCAGUAAUUUUGAAUUAAAAAUCUCACAUGUUGAGCCAUAAAAACACAACACAAUUCAAAAUGUUGCACAAAAAUCGAAUUUUCAUAUUUUUGAGCCAAAAAAUUUGCGAAUAAAAUUCGAAAAUUCGGCAAUUUUUAACCAAUUUUUUUAGAAUUUUGAGCUAUUUUAUUUUGUGAUUUUGAUAACAAAAAGUAGCUAAAAAAAUUCCCGAAAUUUUGGUAAUUUUUGUCCAGAAAAUUGUUCACAUUUUGAGCCAAUUUUUGCUCCAAAAAGUGGAAAAUUCAAAUUUUUGAGAUUCUAAAAUUCUCCCUAUUUUUCCCCAAUUUCUCAUAUUUUAAUCUCAGUUUUUUUUGCCUAUUUUACUCUGUUUUCUCAUUUAUUUUUUUGACUCAAUUUCCCCUUCACACAGUCACUCGGUUAGAUGUUUGUUUUUAUUUUUUCCACUUUUUUACCCGUUUUUCGCGCCUUUCUCCUGAAAAUCUCCCUCCUCCGCAUAGGUAAGCAGCCAUCAUGUUUUUUUGAUUAUUUAUCAUAUUCAUAUUUUUUCAAAAAAAAUUUUCGCAAUGAAAAUUGUUGCCUAAAAA